GAGGCAUGGAGGAGAAUCUGCUGGAGGCCUGGAAGCCGGGACAGCCUCCUCUGCAGGGAGCCCCAUCCUCCACCAACUCCUCCCUGCCUGAUUAAGGGACCUUAAUCAGCUUGAGGAGAUUAAGGACUCUGGACAGCUGUUCCCACACCCCCCGCCCCGGCCGGGCUGGCAAAGGAGACCUGUGGGAGGGCGCCAGAAGGGGGAUCUGCCCCGUGACCCCUCACCCCGGGCCUGGGCCCGAGCCCCGGACUUUCCGAAGCCGGCAAUGACGGCGUGCGCCCUCCCCGCGGGUGGGUGUCCGGACCCCCGGCGCCGCGCCCCCGCGCGGCGGGUUCCAUCCCCGCCCGGCGUCCCCCGGGCCCUGCCGCUGCUUCUGCUGCUCCUGCCGCCCUCCGCCCGGCCCGCCGUCUUCACAGUGGGGGUGCUGGGCCCCUGGGCCUGCGACCCCAUCUUCGCGCGCGCCCGCCCGGACCUGGCCGCCCGCCUGGCCGCCGCCCGCCUGAACCACGACCCUGCCAUGGCAGGGUCCCCCCGCUUCGAGGUCGCGCUGCUGCCCGAGCCGUGCCGGACGCCGGGCUCCCUGGGGGCGGUGUCGUCCGCGCUGGGCCGCGUCUCGGGCCUCGUGGGCCCGGUGAACCCCGCGGCCUGCCGGCCGGCCGAGCUCCUGGCCCAGGAGGCGGGGGUCACGCUGGUGCCCUGGGGCUGCCCCGGGACGCGGGCGGCGGGCACGACGGCCCCCGCGGUGACGCCCGCGGCGGACGCCCUCUACGCUCUCCUCCGCGCCUUCCGCUGGGCGCGCGUGGCCCUGGUCACCGCGCCCCAGGACCUGUGGGUGGAGGCGGGACGCGCCCUGUCCGCCGCGCUCAGGGCGCGGGGUCUGCCCGUUGCCCUGGUGACCACCAUGGAGCCGUCGGACGUGUCCGGGGCCCGGGAGGCCCUGAGGAGGGUCCAGGACGGGCCCAGAGUCAGAGCCGUGAUCAUGGUGAUGCACUCGGUGCUGCUGGGCGGCCGGGAGCAGCGCUGCCUGCUGGAGGCCGCCGAAGAGCUGGGCCUGGCCGACGGCUCCCUGGUCUUCCUGCCCUUUGACACGCUCCACUACGCCCUGUCACCGGGCCCCGAGGCCUUGGCCGCCCUGGCCAACAGCUCCCGGCUUCGCAGGGCCCACGAUGCGGUGCUCACCCUCACGCGGCACUGUCCCCCCGGGGGCAGCGUGAUGGACAGCCUGCGCAGGGCCCAGGAGCGCCAGGAGCUGCCCUCUGACCUGGAUCUGCUGCAGGUGUCCCCACUCUUCGGCACCAUCUACGACUCGAUCUUCCUGCUGGCGGGAGGCGUGGCGCGAGCGCGGGCGGCCGCAGGGGGCGGCUGGGUGUCCGGAGCAGCGGUGGCCCGCCACAUCCAGGACGCCCAGGUCCCCGGCUUCUGCGGGGCCCUGGGAGGAGCCGAGGAGCCCCCGUUUGUGCUGCUGGACACGGACGCGGCGGGGGACCAGCUGUUCGCCACAUACGUGCUGGACCCAACCCGGGGCUCCCUCCGCUCGGCUGGGACCCCGGUGCAUUUCCCUAGAGGGGGAGGAGGACCCGGGCCUGACCCCUCGUGUUGGUUCGAGCCAGACAUCAUCUGCAACGGAGGAGUGGAGCCCGGCCUCGUCUUUAUCGGCUUCCUCCUGGUGGUUGGGAUGGGGCUGACAGGGGCCUUCCUGGCCCAUUAUGUGAGGCAUCGUCUAAUUCACAUCCAGAUGGUCUCUGGCCCCAACAAGAUCAUCCUGACUCUGGACGAUAUCACCUUCCUCCACCCGCAAGGGGGCAGCUCUCGAAAGGUGGUCCAGGGGAGCCGAUCGAGUCUGGGUGCACACAGCGUGUCAGACGUUCGCAGCGUCCCCAGCCAGCCCGCGGACAGCGCCAACGUUGGCCUCUACGAGGGAGACUGGGUUUGGCUGAAGAAAUUUCCAGGGGAUCAGCACAUAGCUAUCCGCCCAGCAACCAGGACAGCCUUCUCCAAGCUCCAGGAGCUGCGGCACGAGAACGUUGUCCUCUACCUGGGGCUCUUCCUCGGCGGCGGAGCGGGUGGCACCAUGGCCCCCGGGGAGCGCAUGCUGGCCGUGGUCUCCGAGCACUGUACCCGGGGCUCCCUGCACGACCUCCUCGCCCAGAGAGACAUAAAGCUGGACUGGAUGUUCAAGUCCUCCCUCCUCCUGGACCUCAUCAAGGGAAUGAGGUAUCUGCACCACCGAGGCGUGGCCCACGGGCGCCUUAAGUCACGGAACUGCGUGGUGGACGGGAGGUUCGUGCUGAAAGUCACCGACCACGGUCAGGGGCGACUGCUGGAAGCGCAGAGGGUGUUGCCGGAGCCUCCCAGCGCGGAGGACCAGCUGUGGACAGCCCCGGAGCUGCUUCGGGACCCGGCCCUGGAGCGCAGGGGAACGAUGGCGGGUGACGUCUUCAGCCUGGGCAUCAUCAUGCAGGAGGUCGUGUGUCGCAGCGCCCCCUACGCCAUGCUGGAGCUGACCGCCGAGGAAGUGGUGGAGAGGGUCCGAAGUCCCCCUCCACUGUGCCGGCCCUCCGUGUCCGUGGACCAGGCGCCCACGGAGUGCAUCCAGCUGAUGAAACAGUGCUGGGUGGAGCAGCCGGACCUCCGGCCCUCCAUGGACCGCACCUUCGAGCAGUUCAAAAACAUCAACAAGGGCCGGAAAACGAACAUCAUUGACUCCAUGCUGAGGAUGCUGGAACAGUACUCCAGCAACCUGGAGGACCUGAUCCGGGAGCGCACGGAAGAGCUGGAGCUGGAGAAGCAGAAGACAGACCGGCUGCUGACGCAGAUGCUGCCCCCUUCUGUGGCUGAGGCUCUGAAGACGGGGACACCUGUGGAGCCCGAGUAUUUUGAGGAGGUGACUCUGUACUUCAGCGACAUCGUGGGCUUCACCACCAUCUCGGCCAUGAGUGAGCCCAUCGAGGUGGUGGACCUGCUCAACGACCUCUACACGCUCUUUGACGCCAUCAUCGGCUCCCACGACGUCUACAAGGUGGAGACAAUUGGGGACGCCUACAUGGUGGCCUCGGGGCUGCCCCAGCGGAACGGGCAGCGGCACGCGGCGGAGAUCGCCAACAUGGCUCUGGACAUCCUCAGUGCCGUGGGCUCCUUCCGAAUGCGCCACAUGCCCGAGGUGCCCGUGCGCAUCCGCAUCGGCCUGCACUCGGGCCCGUGCGUGGCGGGCGUGGUGGGCCUCACCAUGCCGCGGUACUGCCUGUUUGGGGACACGGUCAACACCGCCUCGCGCAUGGAGUCCACGGGGCUGCCUUACCGCAUCCACGUGAACAUCAGCACCGUCCAGAUUCUCCGCGCCCUGGACGAGGGCUUCCAGACGGAGGUGCGCGGCCGCACCGAGCUGAAGGGCAAGGGCGCCGAAGACACGUACUGGCUGGUGGGCAGGCGCGGCUUCAACAAGCCCAUCCCCAAACCGCCGGAUCUGCAGCCGGGGGCCAGCAACCACGGCAUCAGCCUGCAGGAGAUCCCCCUGGAGCGGCGCCUGAAGCUGGAGAAGGCGAGGCCGGGCCAGUUCUCCGCGAAGUGAGGCGCGCAGCGCAGCGGGAACAGGAGUAUUCCGGAAGGUCCUUUUCCUGAAAGUUGCUGCUAUGGGUGACCAACAGUCUGGCUGAUACCAGUGGCUUCUGUCCGGCUCUGCCUCAAAGGAUUCUGGGCCUUUACACAGGCUGUGUGACCUCGGGAAAGUCUCGUGCACUCUCUGGGCUUGGAUUUCCCUCAUGAUGAGAUAAGGAGUGGCCUAGGUGGUUUCUGCACUCCUAAGCUUCCGGAUGGCCUGGGUGUAUGGGCGCCGGCCCCAGUAACUCUGAGCCCAUCAGGAGAGGUGGGGCUGGGGAUUCUCCACUUUCCAGGGCCUCCCAGGGCCCCAGGAAGGAAGGUCUGGGGUUGGAAUCCCCAACCCCAGAGGAGGCAGAGACCUGCGGUUCCCCCGGAGCAGGGGUUUGUGGCCUGAGGAUUAGCCUCUGCUUAGCCUCCAUAGUCCUUCCCUUCUCCCCCCCGCCCCCCACCGCCAGUCAGAAACCGGCCCCUUCUGUGGGCAUCACCGUGUCUUGCCCAAGUGCAGAGAAAAGCUGGCUGCAAGGCUCUGGGGAGAGAGGAAGGCAAACAGGCCUCAGCACACCUUUACUCACCAGCACGGCCGAGGAAUGGUAGGAUUUUCUGUUGAACUGGACACUUGCCAAGCGCACAGAGAAUCCUCUCUGCUUAGAUCUCUCCAACAGGCGUCUGCAACCACUGCCCGUCCCCCCUCCCCCCCCCCACCGGUCCAACUGAACUUUCUUUUGUGGAACAGCGACGUUUCAGAGCCCAGGCCUUGGCACUGUCAAGUUGGGGUGUCCUUCAGCACCACUGGAGGCCGUGGCAGGAGUUAGUGGCAGCGGCAGCCGCCCAGAGUGUCCCUACAGGUGUAGUGAGUGUUCAGUCCCUCCCAGGUCAGCAAGCAGGCAUGGCCAGGGAUAUAGCGUCCGAGAGAAUUUCCAGGUGGAAGGGUGAAUGCUCACCACGCACAGUGUGGUUCCCGGGCCAGGGGCAGGGACAUGACCUGAGAGCCUGUUAGAAAUGCAGACUUGCGGGCCCAGACCUGUCGAUUCAGAAUCCGCAUUUUUAACAAGUUCCCUCAGGGUGUUUCUGUGCACCUGAACGAACGUUCACGAAUCGUGUCACUAAGUGAGCCUAAAAAUCUCUAAGAUUUCAUAAAAACCAGGCUAGAAACUCGCCGAGACUGGUUUUGUUGGCCUGUGGGGGAAGUUUUGUUCUAAUUUUGAGCUAACGUUUAGCAAUCAAGAGAUUCACAUUUUCUAAAAAACGUAUACCAAACUUCCCUCUUCUCUGAAAUCAAAAAGUUCCACUGCUGGCUUUUCUGCUGGAGCUAGAGAGCCACUGAUCAUUUUCUCUGGGGCUUUAUUCUUUAGUUCUAACGGUCCCCACCCGCCAAGACCCAAGAGUUUCCGGAUGUCCCUUACGUACCUGCCUGGCGCCCUUAGGCAUUUAGCUCAGGGCCCUUGGGAACUGCCGCUGGGACCGCAGGUGCUUCUGGAGGUUGUUUCUGCCCGACCUGUGAAAUCCACGGCCUAGCAGCCUCCCCGUCCUUCCUAGAGGCAGAGAGAGGACAUAUAACAGACCUCAACUGCAGCACUUGUAGGUUCUGGUCACUUGAGGUGGUGCUGUAGGGUGAGUCAGUCAGUACAACUUAUAAAACAUUUUUCGCCGAGUUGGGAGACGAUGAGUUAAGGAUUUUUAAAAACCCUG